AUCCAAUAGACUCUUUCGCUCUGCUGCAAGGGCCUCUCCUUAGCAUUCUUUCCUCCGUGUUUCGUGACGUGCGCUAUUUACAGCUACUAUAACGCACAUUUUUGGCAAAUUUAGAAUGAUUUUUUUUUUUUGCUUGUGACAGAAAUAUGAUGCUGCUUCAUUCCUGCUUCAGCCAGCGGGUGAAAAAAACAGUCUAGUAGUUUUAGUAAUAAGUGACGUCAUCUAUUUGUAACUGACUAACAGGUGCGGAAUAUUUUGACACAUCUCGCCGCACCCAACGAACACUCGGCCGCGUUUACCUCGAGUUUCGUGUUGCGCGAAUCCUCGAAAAGUUUGUCAUGUACACAGACGACGGUGACGACGAAAACGAUAUCUUCAAGAGGGACUUCAAGUACUACAAAAGGAAAGCCGUGCGGCCCGACUUGUCCGACGUGAUCGAUUUCGAGAGGCCCCACGAAUUCCCCGUCGAAGUGCGCGCGCGGUUGCAGACGACGCCGGACUGCGGCGAAGUCGGCCUCGUCGACAAGGGCGAGUUGCUGUGCUACGCCGUGCGCGCUAAUCGGGGUCUACUGGUGAUACCCAAUCCUUUCACGCCGCGUGGCCAACGGCAGUGGGUGAGCAGAACGUUGCGUUCAUACCCGCAACCGCCAAACUGCACCAAUCUGAAAGCGCUGAAGCCGCCGGACGUGUUUCCCGCGUCGCCGCAACUCGACGACUUUUACAAGAACCUCCGGUGGGUCACGCUGGGCCUGCACCACGACUGGGACUCCAAGGUGUACGACCUCGGGAACGCGACCACCUUUCCGAGUUGCCUCGGCGCGUUGGCCAAGAAGCUGGCGACGUUGCUCGGUUACUCGGAAUUCGAACCAGAAGCCGCGAUCGUCAACUACUACGCCAUGAACUCGACCUUGAGUGGCCACGUCGACCGUUCCGAAUUUGACCUCGGUUCGCCCCUGUUCUCCAUAAGUUUUGGACAGACUGCGGUGUUCCUCAUCGGAGGGGCGACCAAAAACGUCAAGCCGACGGCCAUGUUCUUGAAGAGCGGCGACGUCGUCGUUAUGACGGGCGAAUCUAGAGUGGCGUACCACGCCGUGCCGCUGGUGCUGCCGCGCGAGGAUGGUGGCGCGCCGUGGAACUAUGUUGCAGAUGGUGACGCAGAUAGUGACUGGAGCGCUGAGGCCGAGUACUUGGCAAAUCACAGAAUAAAUCUAAACGUGAGGCAGGUGUUCGAGAAGAGCUGAUGGCUCGCUGGUGCGCGCAGUGAAUACAUGGGCUAGUGUCGGUGCCACAUGUGAUCAUGGCACCUUAUCUGCAGCUUCACAUAGCUCAGGUUGCACCAGAGGCCCACAGUAUUGCAUAUGAAAACUGGUCUACACUAUGAAAAGAACGUCAUCGUGUCAGUGUUGUUGCACCGUGCUCUCUGAUGCUGUACUCUUAAUAUAUGGCUGCCACUAAUUUUGGCACUAUACUGGUUGGCACUGUAGGGUGAUCAAGCAUAUUGCAGCAAACAAUGAAAGUGAGAGCCAUAGUCAUGCAUUCUGGUUAAAGUUUAUCACCCAGUGAUCAUGGAUGGCGAUUAAGAAAUAUUAACUACAUGUAGGCUGAUCAGCAUUGAAAUAAUGUACUGGAACUGUACACGCACCAGCUGGUAUAUACAAGGCACAGCCUUUUGACUCCUGCAUUGUGGAUCACUCAAACUUGCAUACAUCAGGUGAAUAUGAAAAAAUCCCUCUGAAGUAGAAAGCAGCUCGAUAUAGUGCAAACAUUUCAAACAAGACAACCAUCAAGUUCAGAACAUGUUUGAAGUGAGCAGAGCAACAUUCAUCAAAGGUACGAAUGGCAAGAGUAACGCUACGACAUCUGUACUUAAAAAUCGGUGCUGUUUCGAGCUGUUGCACUGCCUUCAAGGGGCAGCUUUUACUUUCUAGACCUUGACGAAGUUUCAUUUUUAUUAAAUUGAUUGUUAGUAAACACUGUACAGAUGUAGGCUAUCCAAGCAAUCCUGGCAAAAACUGCAUGGCUGUCAAGUCUAAUUUCAAGUAUGAUAAUAGAAAUUAUAAUACUUGAAAUAGCAUCUAAGCCUAUAUGUACAACUUGGCUGAUAUCAAAUUAGUUUCAUCAUGCCUUCACCUCCAUCAUUUUUAAGCUGACUGCAUGAACUGGAGGGUAAUGCCAAGAAGGCACUUUAGUUCAUGUGGUACUUUUUAUAAGCUGUAAUGGUGUUUUAUUUUUUUUUACUUUCUAUAUUGGAAAUAUUGUUCGCGCUGAAGCAGCAACAAAGAAGCUUGCUGAACGCAUUCAGCUGGCGGGCGAAUCAUACACCUCGUACAUUGAGGUUGUUCUUGCCUUGUGCAAGCGUGUAAAUUCAGUUAUGCCUCAAAGCAAACAAAUACACCAUAUUAUCAAAGGCAUAAAUACCAUCGCAUUCAACACCCUUGCAUCGCAAAACCCUACCACGACUCAAAAUGUCAUCACCAUUUGCCAGAGACUAGAAGAACUUCAGUCUCUUCGUCUUUGCCAUGAUGCCUCGGACAUUCGUCUUCCUCAUAAGUGGUGGAGGUGCUGGGUAUCCGGCGGCAGCGGGAUUCGAACCCACGGCCUCCCGCAGCCGAGGCGGACACUCUACCACGAGGCCACGGCUGCGGUAGGUCGAUUGCUCACGACGUAUCAAUAUUUGUUUUAUGGAACUUUUCGCUACGAAUGGCACUCGCGCCUCGAAUCAGAAAGUCUAUGAAGCAUAAAUCGGAAAUAUAUAAAGCAAUCGAUCGACUCUGUG